AUGCGACGGAUUUCAUCGUUGAUUGUAAAUUCUUCAAAUCUUCGGAACACUCGUCGAUUUUUCGGCGGAAAGCGAAAUGAACCUCCUGAUAAUAGGGCAGAUACCGGUGUACUUGAUGGUUUCCACAUGAAUCCCCUUGGAGAAUCUGAUAUGACGACUAGAAGCCGGGUUUCAAUGCUUUCUACGGAUAUGUUGGAAUCAAAGCAAAUGGGAGUUCGCGGACUCUCUUGUUAUGGAUUUCGUCUUCUUGAUGGAACAUUUUUAUAUGGUCCUGUUGCCCUUUUCCCAAAAACUGCCCUAUCGUGGCGGGUUCCUACAGUAGACGAUAUCACCCCAAAAUCGCUCUCAUUGUUCGCUGCUCUCGAACCGAAAAUCGAUAUUUUAGUAUUAGGAGCUGGCGAUAAGAAAAAUAUUGACAAAGUUCGACAAAGAGUUGCUCCAUUCUUAAGAGAGCAUAAAAUUGGGCUGGAAAUUAUGGAUUCGGAAGAUGCAAUUGCGACGUUUAACUUUUUGAAUGCUGAAGGACGAUAUGUUGCUGCAGCAUUGUAUCCUCCAGAUGAUAUGGUGGUGACAGACGCAGAAUACGGUAGAGCACUUGCACUUCUCAAAGGAUGGGAUACGCUGGAUGAAAAUCCGUUGUUUGUUGGACUCAUGGAUACGAUGAAUGAAGCUGAAGACCUCGUCCGACGACUUUGGAGUGGAGACGAAUCGAAAUGGGAAAAAGCACGACAAACAGUUCUUGAAUCACCGGAGCAACGCGAAAAGCGAAUGGAGCUUGAGCUCGAGAAGAAGUCGAAAAAGAAACUCGAAUAA